AUGAGUCCGCGCUGGGCUCGCUCAAGUCCAUCCUGGGCCCUCUUGAGUCUGCGCUGGGGUUCCUUGUCGCUGUCGAUGCUACUUGAAGUCAAGACAAGAGGUUGCUCACUGACUGAUGCUCAGUCUGUGUUCUACACUCCAGGCGGCUCCUCACAUCAGAACAUUCUUGGUUCUAACUUGGACAAAAGAGUUCAACACAGAGCAGAACUUCGCCAACAGGAAGGCCGGGUGCGCGGUGGGGGGCGGGACCUGCCGCCGACCGUUGGUGUUUGGGCGGCGCGCGCGCCUGUUUUUCGCUUUCGAAAAGCGUUGAGCGCACGGGGACGUUUUUCACACGAAGUUGCAGAGCUGUGCGUAUCGUCCAGCAGGCGAGCUCCUUUGGUUUUGUUGAACGGUAUUGGACAAAUGAUGAGCAUGAUGUGGCCUGUGACUCUUCUGUGGGUUGGACUGGACAUUCUUUUGUAUCAGGAAGUUGCUUCUUUGAUGAAUGACGAAGAAACUAUGUGUAUUAUUGAAAAAAUUAGCGACGAUAGCAUUUGCAGAGGGGAGCUCCUUGUGAUUUAUCCAGAUUUGGGAAAUGCAGCCUGUGCUGUCAUCCCAAGAUGCCGUCAGUUUCGAAGACUGCUGAGUGAAGAAUGGGGAGAACCACGUGUAAAAUUUGUUCAAGCUAAGAAGGACAUGAACUACGUGCUGAUAAUGGUGGAUCCAGAUGCCCCUAGCAAGGAAAAUCCCAAAUACCGUUUUUGGAGACAUUGGUUGGUGACCAACAUAAAUAAAAAUGUGUGAAGCGUGUAAUUCUGUGCCAGCUGUGGAUAUUAAGAGAAAAACUUGCCUCAACAAGGUGCACCUUCAUACUUGUCUUUUGUUGGGUUUGUUGGGGCAGAUGGAUGGAGAAAACUAAUUGCAGCACCCUGUUCA